AUGGCGGUCAGACAAGCACUGCAGAUAACCUGUCCAGCAGCAGUUGUGCAUGCUGCCGACAACGAAGCCUCCUCGGCCAAGAAGCCAUUGGAUAUCCGUCUCUUCCACUCGCUCAACCGGGCCAGCGCAGCAGUGGUCUCCCCCGACUCCACCAAGGCGCUAUUCACGCAAUCGCACUACAACCAAGACGAGAACAAGUCGGCCACCUUUAUCAAUCUGCUGGAUCUGGCCUCGGGCAACAUCACUCGGCUGACCGAGGAUGCGAUCGGCAGCUCGUUCACCAGCCCGCUGUGGUUUGACGAUACCUCGUUCGGGUAUAUACACAAGAACGUGCUCUACCAGCAGCCGCUGCAGGAGGGGGCCAACGCGACCGAGGUUUUUGCACCGCCCAUUGACAUCUCUUCGGUCAAGUACUUGAAGGAGUCUGGUUUGCUGGCGUUCAUCGCCGACGUAUACCCAGACUGUGCCCUGCACAAGACCCGCGAGCUGCAGGAUGCUGAGAAGCACAAGAUUGACUCGGCCCAGAUCUAUGAUAACCUGUGGCCGCGGCACUGGAACGAGUGGAUGGGUCUGCGCAAAUCUACACUGUUUGUCGCUCCCCUGACACGUCCGGGCAGCACCGACGAGCGGCUGGCGUGGGUGGUUGGCAACGAGACCAACCUGAUGCACGGUCUGCCAGCCUACCACGACCCGAUGAUCCGCUGGAGCGUCGACGAAUAUACAGUGGACACAGCCGGGUCGCGGGCCGCCUUUGUCACACGCAAGCCAAAACAUGACAUGACUUCGUCUACCGACGUCGAUGUUUAUGUAGUCGAUACCUCUGGCAGCAGUCUGCAGCUUCUGACUGGCAAUGUCGACGGCAUGGCCAGCGGACCAACAUUCUCGCAGGACGGCCAGCUGCUUGCCUGGCUGCAGAUGGAGACGGGUGGGUAUGAAGCCGAUAUCAACCGCAUCUACAUACAUAAUCUGGCCAAGAACGAGACCACGUCAAUUGCCCGCGACUGGGAUCUGACUCCCAGCUCGCUGCUGUGGUCGAGCGAUGCGCGUACCCUGUUUGCCAUCGUCGGCGAUAAAGGCCACAACGUUGUCUAUACCAUCGACGUUGCCACUGGCCAGCGCAAUAAGCUGACUGAGCGUGGCACGGCGGGCGGCCUGAGGCGGCUGUCUCAGGACAAGCUGCUGCUGACUCACGGCGAUACUAACAAGUGCACCAACAUCCAUGUCCUCGACACAUCCUCCAAGGAGCUGAGGCAGCUCACUGAUGUGAACCAGGACAAGCUGCGCGAUGUGUAUGUUGGCGACGCCGAAGAUUUCUGGUUCUCCGGUGCCCGUGGUGACAAGGUGCACGGCUGGCUGGUCAAACCACACAACUUUGACCCGUCCAAGAAAUACCCGGUUGCUUAUCUGGUCCACGGCGGCCCGCAGCAGGCCAACCUGCAUACCUUUAGCUAUGCCCAAUGGAACCCCAACAUGUAUGCCAGCGCCUGGCUUUGUCGCUGUCCAAGUCAACUUCCACGGCUCGCCGACAUACGGCCAGAAUUUCACCGACUCCAUCCGCUUGCAGUGGGGCGGAUACCCCACUACGAUUUUGUCGACAAGGAUCGCAUGGUGGCCCUUGGGGCCUCGUACGGCGGGUACAUGAUGAACUGGUUCAAUGGCCAUACCCGGCGCUUCAAGGCCCUGGUCAACCAUGACGGCAUGUUCUCCGCGCCCAUGUUCUGGUACUCGACUGAGGAGCUGUGGUUCCCCGAGCAUGACUUCAACGGCGUGCCCUACAAGCGAUCGGACCGUGCAAUGUACGAAAAGUGGAACCCAGAGCGUUUUGCUGACCAGUUCCAGACCCCGACGCUGUUCAUUCAGGGCGAGAAGGACUUUAGACUGACUGUCGACAACUCGAUCGGGCCGUUCACGCUUCUCAGACACAAGGGUGUUGCUGCCCGUCUGAUGUACUUCCCUGACGAGGACCACUGGACCAACCAUAAUGGCAACUCGGUGCGCUGGUAUACUGAAGUGCUGCGCUGGAUCAGCGAGCACACCAACAAUACACUGCCAUACGAGCUCGAGCUGUAG